UUUAUUUUUAGGACACCUCAUAUUUGUAAGGAGAGUAACACAACAAAAAAAUCCCUAACGAAUGGAAGAAAUGGGUCUGAGUGCUCGACUGGGGUUUAGGGGCAUACUGAAAAACUGGUUUGCACGGGUGAUCAAUAGGCUUCCUGAUGGCGAUCGGGGAGAUCUCAAUCAACCAAAACAGAGGCUUCCUUCAAUUUUUCAUUGGGUUUGCUCUAUCAGUGGAGAACCGAUCUGACAAGGAUAUAGAUAUGAAGGCCUGAAGGGUUGUGAUUGGGCGUUGUUGUUGGCCGACGAUGAAGCAGUUGGCGGUGUUGAUCAUGGCAUCGAUUACGAUACACCCUACAACACACGCUCUUGACCCUCCUAGGGUUUAAAGAUUUCUCCUCCUUUUUGUGUUUUUGAUUAACAGCAAAAAGGUAGGUUCUUGCUCUGUUGUUGUGCUCUAAUGGCUUUCGGAUCAAAUGGGCUUUCGAUUGUCUGGUUUGCGGCUUAUGGCAACGUUGAUUUGUGAGUGAGAAAGAGAAGUGUUUGGUGAAUUGUAAUUGGGUUGGAGUUUUUUGUGUCUUUGUAUCUUUGCUUUCGUCUUGAAUUGAAAUAGUGAGGGAAGCAAAGAUAUGCCUCGAUUCAAAUUAGCUGCAGUUUUGCCUACAACAUUUACCAAACAUGGCUUCAGUCGAUGACACCAAAUCUUGCCUGGAUUCAAUUAUAGCUAGGUACGUCCCUUUCUAGAUGAGCUUUCAAUCCAGUUCAAUGAUGUUUAUGUUAUGUAUUUCAAUACCAAAUAAUCCUGGUUUUCUUUUCUUUUCUGCGUAUGGAUGUAUGACGCUGCAAGUUAUUAAUUUCGUCAGGCUUUCAGUAAGUACCAACUGUUGCUACUGAAAAUGUAAUAUUUGCCUAUUUACUUUGCAAGAUUAGGGUCGGAGCAUGAAUUUUACGGUGUUAAGUGCAAGGUUGUUUGAAUCAUUGUGUCUUUUUGUAUUGAUUUUCUCUGUGACAGGUUCCUUCAUAAUUGCAAGCUCUGGACACUACUAACACAUUAGCCCAAUUCCACUUUACAAUGCUUCUUUUUUGUUUGUUUUAACUCCAUGAGUAAUUUUUGGGGGUCUAAAACUCCUUCUAACAAGGAUAAUAAAGAAGUACUAAAAUGUCGUAGUUCUGAGAUUACAUUAAUACAUAAAAAUAAAUUUCAAAAACAGCUUUUUUGAUCCACCAUAUGGAGUAUAACACACUCUUUUGCUGUUGAAAGUUUCGAUAGCUAAUAUUAUGACCUUAUUAAUCAUUAGGUAGGGAGCUUUAGCACCUGCAAGACCAUAUAUGCUUUCAUUAAAUUCGAAAACCAAGAAAUUGUACCAGGACACUCGUACUCAGCAUACUAUUUCAAAGUUGAAUAAUGAACUCUAUGAAGUUCACCAAAUAAUGACUCGCAAUGUUCAGGAAGUUCUUGGCGUCGGUGAAAAGUUGGACCAGGUCAGCCAAAUGUCUAGUCGUUUAACAUCAAAGUCUCGUGCAUAUACAGAUAAAGUGAGAGACUUGAAUCAACAGGCUCUGAUCCGUAAGUGGGCUCCUUUUGCCAUGCUCUGCAGGUGCUAAAGCUCUCUACAAAAUCUCUAAAAGAGAACUUUCAUUUCUAGUGACGAGUUCCAAGUGCAAGAGAAAGAAGAGAUUCCAAGAUUUAGGGAGUGAUCAGGAGGAUGCCAAAAACGAAAUUAAGGAGGAUCCCUAAACUCUUUUGAAUUAGUAUCUAGUAUUGAUAGAUAUAACUAUACUUUGAAUUAGUACUUUUUUUUUUUUUUUUUUUUAAAAACCCCACCCCAUUCCCACCCUUGAUGGGGCUCGAACUCCUGACCUCUUAUAUAUGAGACCAAAGCCUUACCACCCCACCAAACACACACACCCAAGAAAGAAGAAUUAGUACUUAU